AUGGAUCAAUUUUCAUCUUUUGAACAACAUCAGGAUGCAAAUUAUCAAAGGAACGAUUAUAAUAAUUCCGUGGAAAAAAAAUUCGAUGAUGAUAAAUCGACGAGUUAUCACGUUAAAUCGUUAACAGAAUUAAAUCCGCCAUAUUUGAAUUUUUUUAACGAACAAUCAGAAGGAAGUACGGAUAAACCGGAAGUUAAAAAACCGUUAAAAGGAAAGAUAAAAAGAAAACCGAGGAUAUUAUUUUCCCAGGCGCAGGUUUACGAACUCGAAAGAAGAUUUAAAGAGCAAAGAUAUCUUUCGGCACCGGAAAGGGAACACAUGGCACAACAAUUAAAAUUAUCAUCGACACAGGUGAAAAUUUGGUUUCAAAAUAGAAGAUAUAAAAAUAAAAGACAAUUUUGUUGUAAUUCCGAUGAUAAAAUAAUAAAUAAACAACCUAAAAGAGUUUCCGUAUCACUUUUGGUUCAUAAUGGAAAACCCUGUUCUCACAAUAAUAAUAAUAAUAAUAUCGGAAUAUAUUCUAACGUUCAACAAUUUUCUCAUAAUAUUAAUAAUUAUGGAAUUAAUAAUAAAAUAAACAAUCAAAAUUUAUUUAAUAUUAAUAAUAAUUGCGUGCCAAAUGUAACUAUUUAUAAUAAUAAUUCUAAUAGGAGUUAA